AUGAAAUUCCCAGCCUCUGUACUAGCGUCCGUGUUCCUGUUUGUAGCCGAGACGUCGGCGGCGCUCUACCUGAGCAGCACGUACCUCUCGGGCGGGGACCGCAUUUGGCAAGCGCUGACCCUGCUUUUCUCUCUGAUGCCCUGCGCGCUGGUGCAGCUCACACUCCUCUUCGUGCACCGCGACCUCAGCCGUGAUCGCCCACUAGUGCUGCUGUUGCACCUGCUCCAACUCGGGCCGCUCUUCAGGUGUUUUGAAGUCUUCUGCCUCUACUGUCAGUCAGGCCACAAUGAAGAGCCUUAUGUCAGCAUCACCAAGAAGAGGCAAAUGCCAAAAAAUGGCUUUUCGGAAGAGAUCGAAAAGGAAGUGGGCCAGGCAGAAGGCAAGCUAUUCACCCACCGCUCAGCAUUCAGUCGGGCCUCAGUGAUUCAGGCUUUCCUUGGCUCCGCCCCACAACUCACCCUGCAAUUGUAUAUAAGCGUCAUACAGCAGAAACUCCAUACUGGAAGAUGUGUGUUCAUGACUUUGUCCCUGCUGUCAAUUGUGUACGGAGCCUUGCGCUGCAACAUCCUAGCCAUCAAAAUCAAAUACGAUGAGUACGAGGUUAAAGUAAAACCUCUAGCCUAUGUCUGUAUCUUCCUCUGGAGGAGCUUUGAGAUUGCCAUUCGUGUCAUUGUUCUGGUCCUCUUUGCUUCUGUCAUGAAGACCUGGGUGGUACUUGUCAUACUUGUCAACUUCUUCAGCUUCUUCUUGUAUCCCUGGAUCCUUUUCUGGUUCAGUGGCUCUCCAUUUCCCGAGAAUAUAGAGAAGGCCUUCAGUCGGGUGGGCACAACCAUUGCACUGUGCUUCCUCACAUUACUCUAUGCUGGUAUCAACAUGUUCUGCUGGUCAGCUGUUCAGUUGAAGCUUGACAACCCUGAACUCAUCAGCAAAUCCCAGAAUUGGUACAGGCUGCUGGUAUACUACAUGAUGAGGUUCAUUGAGAAUUCCAUCCUCCUGCUCCUGUGGUAUCUCUUCAAGACUGACAUCUACAUAUAUGUGUGUGCACCUCUGUUGAUUCUGCAGCUGCUCAUUGGAUACUGUGCAGCCAUUCUCUUCAUGCUCGUAUUUUAUCAGUUCUUCCACCCUUGCAAAAAGCUUUUCUCAUCCAGUGUUUCUGAAAGCUUUCGGGCAUGGCUCAGGUGUUUCUGCUGGGCCUGCAGGAAGCAGGAAUCUUGUGAGUCAGCAGAAAAAACAGAAGUAAAGUCAUCCACAGAUCAAGAUGAAACACCUUCUAGCAGCAAAAUGAGUCCUGAUCCCACUCAGACCUUGAGUGCUGAUGAUAUAUGCUCUGCUUAAUGAACCUUGAAGUUUCCCAGUCCACAGGCUUUUUUUGUUUUUGAGUUCAUACCUGUUCUUUGUAAGUAAUGAGCCCUGCACAGGGAACAAAGCAGGACGUUAGCUGUCAACUCCUUGUGAGCUGUUGCUCUUUAUAGGGCCUUUGAGUAUGUGGGAACUGGGAUAGAGAAACCUGAAAUUGAAGGGGUGAAGAGAUGAAUUGGUAUUCUAACCACAGUUCACAAGUAACCAUGGUACAUUCUUGUGAUUCUUAAGUUUUGUUUUUUUUGUUGUUUUUUUCACUCACUCCUAAAGUCUGAACUGGGUUGUUUAGAUCCAUCAGGCAGAAUGUGAAGAGCUUACUAAUUUUAUAGUUUUCUGGACUAUUAGUCUAGUAACCUGAUGAAUUUUUAUCCCUGAACAUCAUUUUCAUCGAAGUAUCAUCCUGUUGACCAGAGAAAGUUAUUGGAGUUCUGCUAUCAGCAACAUCAUUCUUGUCACUGCUUACA